AUGGGACAUCUUUUGGGAAAUUGCCACACCAGUGACACCACUGUCUAUCCUUCUCUUUCAUGCUGGCCGGGAGAUGGAUCCAGUUUCUCAUGGAAAGGUAAUGCCAAAUUGACCAAGGUGCUGGUUUUUUGCAUCUUCACUGUGGGACUGAGCAUGUGCGCCUGUUGGAUUGACUUAGGGCGCAUAUUCCAACUCUCCAUGGGGGAUAGUGCUAGUGUCAACCUGCGACAGGAGCACUCCGCCAACGAUUCCAGUCGGAGCGCAGCAAACUUCGGCAAUGAUUCUACAGAGAAUCAGGGCAAGAAUCUUGCGAGUGAUCUCCUGUCAUCGCAUGUGGUGUCGCUUGGCAACGCACUGAAAACUCACUCUAAUGAAGAGGCCCCAGCUUCUUCCUCAAACGCACCACCGCAAAGUGGACAACGACAUUCUGGCAGACCUUCUGACUUGCAACCUACAUUGUCGGGUGGAUUGAUGAUGGGGCUAGCGGCUAGUGGUGAUGCUCCCAUGAUGGUGACAACGGAUAAGACAAACUGUACCCUCGAAGUGGAGGAUUUGCAGAUCUACAACAUCACAAACUUGGCAAUUGCUCCACCAUGGGAAAAUCUUAGUUUGUCCGUCCCCGACGUUGAGAUGUUUAAGAGUGUUGAGCAGCAGCUAGUGAAUGCCGCGGGACGAAGGUGUCGUCCGCAGGGUCAGGAACGGCUCAUCGCCUUUCUGUUUCUCACCCGUGGGCCUAUGCCAUUUGCUCCGAUCUGGGAGCGUUUUUUCCAGGGGCAUGAGCAAUUCUACACGAUAUAUGUCCAUGCCCAUCCGGAUUUCCAUUACAAUACUUCUCUUAACAGCAGCGAAACUCGGUUGUUUGCCAACAAGCUCAUCCAUAGCGAGCCGGUGGCGAUUGGAUCUAUGUCGAUGAUGGACGCUGAAAGGAGGUUGUUUGCCUCUGCCUUACUGGACCCGUAUAAUGACCGCUUCAUCAUCAUUUCCGAGGCCUGCAUACCUGUUGUUGAUUUUCCCACUGUUUACCGGUUCUUGUUCUCUGCCAAUGUUAGCUUCGGCUGGGACAAGCAGGAAGACUGGACUGUGCCUUAUCGUUAUCGACCGGUCUUGAUGCCGGAGGUUCCGUUUGGAGUAUUUCAAAAGGGACCACAGUGGAUAUCGCUGACUCGUCAUCAUGCUCAGAUUGUCGUUACGGACCGGUACUACUUUUAUAAGUUCCAGCUCUGGUGUUACGACACAAUUUUUGUGCAGCAUGAAUGGUGUUUUCCAGAUGAGCACUACAUCCAUACUAUGUUGAACGUGCUUGACCCCACAAAUAUUGCACACGAUACAAUUUUUCACGUCUCUUGGAGGCCAGGCGACGGUGCGCAUCCAAGGCCAUACAACACGACAGAGGCGGAGAUCCUUGGUCUCGACAACUCGGUAGCUCAGCUCCAAGACCGCCUUCAGCGGGUGGAGCAACGACCAGUCGCCACCGCCAACGCAGGCUCUUCCAACACUGCCGAACGCCUCACCGCAUUGGAGAUGCACGUCGGCUCCCUCCAGGACGACGCACAGUUACAGCAGACCGCGACGCAACAAUUGCAGCAGCGGAUCUGCACUACMGCCACCACCUCGAGUCCGGAGCCGCGCGAGACAUCUCCUAAGUUCGAUGGGCAGGAGAUCUUCCACGACUCAAUCAAGACAGAUCCGAUUCCAUGGUUUCGCAAGUUUGAGCUCACGCUGCAGCUCCACAACGUCAAGGAAAACAAGCACCACGCUUACUUGUACUCUCGCUCAGGGGGCGCGUGUCAGGCGUGGUUGAACAAUUUGUUGUCCAAGUACGGAGUGGUAGCAGCAGACUUGCACACCAUGAUCAGUUGGGAUGAUCUGAAGGCGGCGUGGCACAAGCGGUUCCAGGUGGAGCCGCCAGAGAUCAAAGCCAUGGACAAGCUUAUGGUCUUCGAGCAAGGCUUGCUGCCGAGUACGGAUUGGAUCGCCGAGUACCAACGCUUGACGUCCGUCCCAGACAUCCAGAUGGGCUUCAAGGCCAUCCGCCACUACUUCAUCUCAAGGUCAUGUCCGGCAUUGAGCAAUGCCCUGACGCAUGUCGAGGACACCUUGACGAUGACGGCGGAACUAUUCGACAAAUCGACUCAGAUCAUCGUUACGAACAAGGAGGCCAAGAACCUCCGUUCUUCUGCGUCAGGCCCGAGCGGGAACCAGCAUCGGCCACGAGUGGCCGUGGUCGCAGUGGCAACGCCUUUAGACCAAACCAGCGAGGUUGUGUCUGCAGUGAAGGAGACAGAUUCGCAGCCGCCCGGGAAGGUGGCCGCGCCGGCAGAGGUCGAGGGCGUGGCAAGCCGAAGACACACACCGUUGCAUCUAUGGAUGAGCGAGGAGGAGCUUGAGGUCCUCCGCGCACAACUCGAUGAUUUGUUGGCCAAGGGCUGGAUCCGCCCGAGUAGCUCCCCAUAUGGAGCCCCAGUUCUCUUCGUCAGGAAGAAGAACAAGGAUCUACGAUUGUGUAUCAACUACCGCAAGCUCAACGCGCAAACCGUCAAGAAUGCGGGGCCUCUUCCUCGCAUCGACGAUCUUCUCAAGCAACUGGGCGACGCAAAGUAUUUUUCCAAGUUGGAUUUGAAAUCGGGAUAUCAUCAAAUCUCGAUCCAGCCGAACGAUCGCUAUAAGACCGCGUUCAAGACGAGGUACGCGCAUUUUGAGUGGGUGGUCAUGCCUUUUGGCCUCACCAACGCCCUGGCGACCUUUCAGGCGGCGAUGACCAAUGAGUUCCGUGCAAUGUCGGACCGGUUCGUGCUGGUCUACUUAGACGAUAUUCUCGUCUAUACCCGGUCAUUGGAGGAUCAUCUGGGGCAUCUUCGACAAGUGUUGGAGACGCUCCGCGGCGCCAAGUACAAGGCCAACCGUGACAAGUGUGAAUUUGUCUGGCAAGAGCUGGAAUACUUGGGCCAUUUUGUCACACCGGAGGGCAUCAGUCCGCUAUCGGGCAAGAAAAAGGUCGUCCAAGAGUGGCUGGAGCCUCGGAACGUCACGGAUGUCCGCUCGUUCCUCGGUCUUACCGGCUACUAAUGGCCCGUGUGUGCACGCGCUGCAUGUAACACCCCCCCCUCCUUAUGAAGUCAAGCCGGGGCGAGGGCGAAGCCGUCGAUCUGAAGGUGGAACCAAGACGCGGGCGCGGCGUGGAGCCGAAAAAAACGGCUUGCCCUGCAUCUUGCGUUCGUAGCGUGCGAGAACGUCUGGAGCUGUCGCUUGCAGUUCCGCACGGGUUAACCAACGGUCAGCUCGAUGUGUGCAGUAGGCAAAAUGCACCAAAUACUCAGUUGGCUUGUUGCCAAAGCAUCG